AAACAUCAAAAACUCAAAAAUAAGAAGAAAUGAAAAGUUAACAUAAGAAAUAAAGACAUAAGAAAUAAAGAAGAAAUAAAAACAUAACCGUAAAAGUUUGAAGGCACUCUUUGUUUUGUGUACUUUUGCAUAAAUUUUAAUUAUUAUUAGUGUUUAUUAUGGUCUUUUACAACUUUCCUUAGAAAACACAGUUAAGCUAUGAUGAAGGCAGACGCUUCUCUUUUGUGGAACGCACUAAGAGGAAUUAUUUGCGUCUACAAACCGGCAGAAGUAUCAGUAAGAUCUCUUAGAAGUAAGCUUAUACAUAAAUUGUGUAAAGACUUAAGCGAAUUAGAUGUAAAGCUUAGAGUACCUGCGUUAAGUUCUGAUUCUUGUUCAAAUAGUUCGCUUAUUCCCGAUUCCACUGAUCACUCAAUCCAACAACAGCAGUCUGUAACUUCUUUAAUGCUUAGAGAUGUAGAAACGUCAUUAACUUUUGAUACUGGAAAUGUGGAUUUAAGUCACCACCCGUUAGUAGUCGGACCAAGGUAUUUAGAUGAAGAUUUAGCAGUAAGUUGGUCAAAUUAUUUGGGAUGGAAUACGAGUGGAGUUUUAAUUUUUGGAUUGAGAGCAGGAACACAGUUUGCCAAAUAUAUUCGAGAAAAUCGUUUAACACGAGCAUAUAGAAUAAAAGGUGUUUUUGGAAAAGCCACUGAUAAUGGACUUAAAUCUGGAAAAGUUGUUGAAAGAUCCACUUGGAGGUUUAUAAAAGAACAUCAUUUUCAGAAGAUUUUAUCAGCAAUGCAAUCGUCCCAUCAAAUUAAAAUGUAUGAAAUGUGUGGAGUAGACAUGCAGUCCCAAUUGGCCUACGAGUUAGCCCUAAAAGGACCAAUCCGACCAGCAAAUUCCAAAAUACCAAUUAUAUACGGUUUGAAACUUAUCGACUAUGAAGGACCAAGUUUUACAUUAGAAAUUCAGUGUAUAAACGAAAAUGAACAAUAUUUAAUUAAUUUGGUACAUGAAAUAGGUACACAACUUCACUCGACAGCUCACACCACAGCUUUAAAAUGUAUUAGGCAUUGUUGUUUUAACUUGGAUCAUGCAUUGUUACAAAAACAUUGGAAUUUAGAGAAUAUUGUUAAUAAUAUGGAUAUGUGUAAUGGACUAUUAAGUGAAAAUGAAAAAGUUCUUAGACAGAAUAAUAUAGCAUUAGGAUAAACAUGUUUGUUGGUUUUUAUUGUAAAUAUUGUUUUCUUUUUACGUAGUUUCUUUAACAUGUUGAUUUUAUACUGUU